GCGGACGAUCGUAUCUUUUCCUGUGCCGGUUCCUAAUUAUUUCAACAAAUUCCUAACAAUAUCUCCGUCAAACAUGUUUAGAUUGGUUUUGAAGUCGUUUUGUAAUGCUGUCGUCAGGUCGAAUGCGUCGCUCGUAAAAAAUGUUCAAAGUUGCAGAUUUCUCAGUUGCAGCAUUUCAAGAAGUUAUCUGACAGGGAAUGUCCUUUUCAAAAAUGGCCCAAAACUGGCCUGCUUAUCUUCAUGUAACCGGCUUCGACAACUUCACAGUUCAGGUGAUGCAGAUUUAGCAGAGUACUUGAAAGAUGAAAUCAAACUAGAAAAAGAACAUGACAAAUCUAUCAGUAAGAAGGUCAGAGGCUUUGAGGUCAGCAAGUCAGAAGGUCCCAAUGUUGUACUUACCAAGAAACAAGACAAUGAAACAAUAACAAUCAAAUUCAAUGUGAACAACACUGUUGAAGAUUCAUUAUUAAGCUCAACAGACCAGCAACAGCAAGAAGAUGAUGUUGCUAUGGUCUCGAGGCCAGCAUUCGUGAUUGAGAUAGACAAGGGUGGUGAAGAGAAACUGGCAAUUCAUUGUGUGUUUCCAACUCAUGAAGACUUGUCUAAUGAGACACCGUCUAAUGAAGAGGCCUAUGAAGACUUGCUCGAGAUUCAGGAUGUUGCUCUGCUGAAGAAAAACCAGGAAUGGGACGAUGAUGUUUAUUCCCUGUCCGGCAAUGUCAUGGAUGGGAACCUGUAUGACAUGCUGUUGAAGAUGUUGGAGGAGAGAGGUGUGGAUGCAGACUUCCUGGACGAUCUCGUUGAUUGGAGUACUUCUUACGAGCACAAGAACUAUGUCACUCUACUGGAGGGCAUUCAGUCAUUCGUUAAGUCCAAGUGA